AUGUCAGAAAAUGGCCCAAAGCAAUCAGAACGACAUCCCCGGACUGUACGAUGUCUAAAGUGUCAGAGGGUUGUUGGUGAAAUGCAACCCUUGCUAGACGGCAUAGUGCUUUUCAAAUCAGACUUAUCUGUACUGCGGCGGCCAUGCGACGCUGCGACGGACGACCUUACCAUCCAAUGGGAGACAUACCCGGUGGACAUGAUAAUUUCCGCGCAGCUUCUUGAGCAGAUUGAAAGAACAGGCGCAAGGCGAUAUAUCCUUCACCGCGAUGAUGAUAAUGCCACGAGCAGCGGUAUCCUCGUUUGGAUAUUUAACCCUUACUUUCGGUAUUCAUGUUCCGAAACUAAUUUUUCCACUGACCUUCACACUGGGGUUGGUGACGGCAAAGAUGACUGGUUGGCCAUAACAGCUCAGCGCGCAAUGAAACUGUUUUAUCAGUUCAUUCCCAACAUACAAGCGUUGCUGAAUCCAAAGAAGGGCACCCCUUCUUCGGUAUCGUUGGAAGAGCUCCCACUUCCAGGACAUAUCUAUGAGGAAGUAGAAUGUGUGCUAACCAAAAGAAACGUGUUACUCCCCAAAUCGGCAAGGCAGUUCAAAGAAUGGAAAGCGAGCUUGUUCCAUGUAUUCGAAGAGUCGGACUUUUGA